CCUAACGUCAGGGGCCGGAAGGGAGCGUUGCUGGGGCACGGGUGUGAGCGAAGGCGACCGUGAGGAGAGGAGAGCGUGUCUCCGCUGAGCACUUUGGAUUUGGCUCCUUAAAUCCCAACAUGGAAGAAACUUACAUCGAUACUCUGGACCCUGAAAAGCUGUUACAAUGCCCCUAUGAUAAAAACCACCAGAUCAGGGCCUGCAGGUUUCCUUAUCACCUUAUCAAGUGCAGAAAGAAUCAUCCUGAUGUCGCAAACAAACUGGCGACUUGUCCCUUCAAUGCUCGCCAUCAGGUUCCUCGGGCUGAAAUCAGUCAUCAUAUCUCGAGCUGUGAUGACAAAAGCUGUAUUGAGCAGGAUGUAGUCAACCAAACCAGGAACCUUGGACAGGAGACUCUGGCUGAGAGCACGUGGCAGUGCCCUCCCUGUGAUGAAGACUGGGAUAAAGAUUUGUGGGAAGAGACCAGCACCCCCUUUGUCUGGGGCACAGCCAGCUACUGUGGCAACAAUAGCCCUGCAAGCAACAUAGUUAUGGAACAUAAGAGUAACCUGGCUUCAGGCAUGCGCGUUCCCAAGUCUCUGCCAUAUGUUCUGCCAUGGAAAAACAAUGGAAAUGCACAGUAACUGAAUAUUUCAUCAAAUGCCAAACCCUGGAAGACUCUUCUUCCUGCUGUAGUGGGUUCUUCAUUUUUUUUUUCUCCUAAUCUAAUUAUAGAAAGAUAAACUGUCUGUGACUUUCAAACUGACAAGUACCUUUUUUUUUCCUUCCCCCCUUUGAGUCCUUACUCAUUUGAUGCAAGAAAAAAACGCUCAUGCUCAGAAGAAAUGUUUCAAGUAAACCAUCAUUGUAGAUAGCUUGAUAAUUUGGUUAAGUGCCUGCAGCCCCAAGAUCAGAAUUCAUAUCCUGUUCUGCAUUAAUGAAACAGAAUCAUCUAAAGUUACCUUAAAGGAUCCAGCUAAAGCAGGCAAGAAAUUUGGAUUGGAAAAAGUAACUGUGUGUUUGUGUUCUCUGACUCACAUGAACCAAAUUCCUUCUAGCAUUUAAAGGAAUGGACCUUUUCUAUUAGUGCAUCUGUUUGCUGAGUCUUUGAUGUUGAUAGCAUUUAUAUAUAGAAAUAUACCCCAUUCUUAUUUAGAAUCCUUAGGACAUCUUGUUCCCUAAACUUUUCUAACUUAGGAUAGGUUUCUUUUCUCUCUUUUCUCUUUCCCACAUUCCAGCUAGAAAUUGUGCUAGCUGUCAAGAUAGAUGUGGAUUAUGUAGGAGUGAAGAUUAGAAUGAAGAGGAGGAACCAGUGUACAUGUGGAGAAGAGAUAGGCUUUCCACCUGUGUGUGAAAUUUGAUUAAGCUCAAAGCUGAAAUGUGUCAAGGCACUGGGACGUGUGUGUAAAAAGUUAGAUUUCUGAAAUACCCAAGGCUCUGGCUAUCCUAGCAUCUUGUUGGCCCUCAAAAGGAGACUUCUUAAUCUCCCAGGCUAGUUCUUUAUUUGGUUGGUUGUUUUUAGAUUUGGUGUGGUUUGAGUUUAAAACUGUCUGGCAUGGGAAGGGAUUUGCGAUCUGAUAUAGAUCGCAAAUAGAUAAGGACUCAAAGGAAGCAUACUGACAAGUAAUUCCAAAAGUGAUCCCUUGAGCAUUGUUUGUAGGGGAAAUGGGCUCUUAUGGAAUGCUUCUUCCACAAGUUUCGUGCAAAACAAGAUUCUCUCCUAAUGAAGCAAAGCUAUCUGUUUAUUUAGUUCCAACUUCUAUAGACAGAUUCAAGAUAAGCCCUAAUACAAUAGAGUUUCUGCUGCUACUGGUAUAAAUAACUGAAUAAGUAAACUAUUUCUUCUGGAGAGGGUGGUGUGGUGUAUUAAGGAGGAGGAAAAAACACCCAUCAUGCCCCUAAUUCUGGUCACUUAUGUUUGUCAGUCAACAGCUCACAACAGUUUAACUUUAUUUAAAAAUAGUUUUAACUGGAAAAUACAAAACCCUUUUGAUUUCAUUUAUUUGGGUGAUGACAACGCAAACUGUCUAUACUACACUUGAAACCCAGAACUCCUACCAAGUUUAGGAAAAACAGAAGUAUGAGUCUUAUUGCAAAGAAUUAGCUACUUGAGUACAACUCAAAGAAGGGAUUAAAUAGAAAAGAGUUACUUUGUGUUUUUUAAAUAUCUAGAGAGGCAAA